UCUUCAUUUCUCUCUGCAAAAAAGUGAAAAUCCAUUCUUUUCCUUUCCCAUUCGUGUUGUCCUUUCUCAUACGUUUUUUUAAACUUUUUUUUUUUUAAUAUUAUACGUAGCCAAUUUACGAUUUUUCUGAUAAUAUUUCAGAAAAAUAAAAAUAAAACCGUGCUAAAAUAGUUUCAUAUAAUACACAUACACGUUUUCUUUUUGUAAUUUAUUACAAUCCACCACGAGAGUUGAGUAAUUGCAAAGCCAAUGGAGGUGGCUGUCACUAUCGUGUUCGUGACAGUCGCGUUGCUAACAUGUACAGCAAUGUCUACUGCUUCUACCGCAGAUCGGCUUCUGGUGAACAUGACUGUAGUCCGUAGAGCCGGUGCGCUUGGAGCAUAUUGCUUGGACGGUAGUUUACCGGCGUAUCAUAUACACCGUGGAUUCGGCGCCGGAGCACGCAACUGGCUUUUGCAAUUUGAGGGUGGUGGGUGGUGUAAUGAUAUCAAAUCAUGUGCAGAGAGAGCCAAAACCCGUCGUGGAUCUACACGUUUAAUGAACAAGUUAGAGACCUUCUCAGGCAUCCUUAGCAAUAACGCGUCUCGUAACCCUGAUUUUUACAACUGGAAUCGUGUGAAGCUUAGAUACUGUGAUGGAGGAUCCUUUGCUGGCGAUGCUAAGUUCGACAACGGGACAUUAGUACUAUAUUUCCGAGGCCAACGGAUUUGGCAAGCAAUCAUUGCAGACCUUCUACCAAAAGGCUUGAGGUUCGCUAAAAAGGCUUUGCUUUCUGGGUGUUCGGCUGGCGGUUUGGCAUCCUAUUUGCAUUGCAACAACUUCAACACGUAUUUACCAAAUGCUACAGCAGUAAAAUGUCUAGGAGACGCUGGAUUUUUCAUGGACUCACCGGAUAUCAACAUGUACCAUACCCAGAGAACUUUCUUUCAACAUCUUGUCACUCUACAGGGAAUAGAGAAGAACCUGGAUGACAACUGCACUAAUUCUAUAAGUGACCCCAAACAAUGCAUCUUCCCGCAGUACUUGUUAAAAUACAUAACACCGCCACUUUUCAUCUUAAACUCCGCAUAUGAUGUAUACCAAUUUAACCACAUAUUAGUUCCCCCAUCAGCCGAUUUACAUGGGCUUUGGAACCAUUGCAAAUCGAAUCCAAAAGCAUGUCGUCCUAACCAAAUCCGCUUUUUACAUGCUUUCAGGGUAGAAAUGCUUACAGCUAUAAAGUCGUUCUUGUUCAAUUCGUCAAGAGGUGGCGUUUUUAUAAAUUCUUGUUUCGCUCACUGCCAAAGUGAGUCACAAGACACAUGGUUUGCACUAGACUCCCCACAAAUGCAUAACGAGACAAUCGCGGAAUCAGUUGGUGACUGGUACUUUGGCAGAAAUGUUUCUAAGAAGGUUGAUUGCCCUUAUCCAUGCGACGCCACCUGCCAUAAUCUCAUUGGAGCUGUGUAGUGUGCAUAAACAAAUCCAUCAAAUACAAGAUCAAACUUAUACCAAUUACAUUUACAUUUUCACUUCAGAAAUUAUCCUGCUGCCGGAAAAUGUUUAGCUGAAGCCUGCGGGUAUCAUAAGUCACCCAUAUACGGAUUAGAUAGUAAUUACUAAUUAGUAUACAAAAUUUGCCCGUAUCAUUCAUUAUUCACAUCAGCAAAAGGUUGUAUUGUUUUCUGGUCAUGUAAUUAGUUUUUGAGAGUGUAAUAUAUAUAUCCAAAACUGAUUAUACAAAUAAUCAACUUUUGGUUGUAUUGUUUUUCUUA